AUGUCUAAUGAUUGUCGAAAUAAUAAUAUUGUAUUAAAUUCAGCAAUAGAUAUGUUAAUGAAAUUUCGUGAUGUUGAAAGUGCUGAACGUAUUUUUGAUUCAAUCAAGGAGAAAAAUAUUAUUAUUUAUAGUACUAUGAUGAAAGAUGAUGUAAUCUAUACAAUUGUUUUUAAUGCAUGUGCUCAACUUGCUAAUGAUCGAGCAAUGAAAAUUGGAAAAAAACUUCUUCAUGAAAUGCCUAAUGAUUAUCGAAAUAAUAAUAUUGUAUUAAAUUCAGCAAUAGAUAUGUUAAUGAAAUUUGGUAAUGUUGAAAGUGCAGAAUGUAUUUUUCAUUCAAUCAAGAAGAAAGAUAUUAUUACUUAUGGUGCUAUGAUGAAAGGUAAUAUUUAUCAGAUAGUUUUUCGAAUAUUGUUUGAUUUAAUUUAG